AGGUGCCCGCGUGCGUGCUCGCCACCGCGGCGGUCGCGAUCGUCCUCCGCGCCUGCUGUCGGGCCGUCUUCUCGGGCGGCACCCUGGGCCUCGAAGACCUGCGGGCCGAGGCCGCGAACGGGAUGGUCACGUGCUCGCUGGUGGCGGGCAACCAGUUCCUGCCUGGCGUGGCCUCGGCGUGCAUGCGGGCGCUGCCGUGCUUCCACACCCAGAAGGCCGUUGACGGGAGCGCUAUAGCCCAGUUCUUGGUCUACGAACCGGGCACGGUGUGCCGCGAGAACGCGCAGCACUUGGGGACGUGCGGCCUGGCGCUUCUCUUCACGGCCGCCGUCGGCCCCGCCUACUGGCUGGCGCUCCUGGGCCGCCGGCGCGGGGCGCAGCAGGCGGGGCCCGUGAGAUUUCUGGCGGGAUCUUACCGCUCCGGCUUCGAGUGGUGGGAGGCUGGGCGCCUCGGCAAGACGAUGCUGAUCGCAUCCGUCGUUACGGCAUCGCCCUCCAGCUAUUGCCCGCUGCAGCAGCUCAUGGUUUGCCUCCUGAUCACUGUCGCCUUCAACCUCUGGCACUGCUCCAGCCGCCCGUACAAGUAUUGGGUGCUCAACGUUGUCGAGGCGGGUUCGCUCUUCACCCUCAGCGUUGGCAUGGUGUUCUCAGGGUUGUUGGCCGGCGCCAGGUGGCCACUAACCCUUGGCUUCCAGAGCAACAUAAUUGCUGGCAUUGCAUCGUUAUUAAUCCUUUACUUCAUGGCGCUGGUGGGCCUUUGGGUGAAUGUCAAAUUUUUCUGGACCGACGACGCCAACGAGGAGUCGCUCGCGGAGGACGGCCCGGCCACCGACCAGUGAGCACGCUGAAGCAGUGCAGCUCGCUUUCGGCGCUUUCGGUUUCCCCUCCCUCUUUUCGGCCCCUCGCCCCCUCCGCGCCCCGAUUUGCUGGAUUCCUCCUCCGUUUCCUCCUCCUGCUCCGAGACACCCAGGCACGGCGGGGGCGCGGGGAGCAUCCAGAGCAACCCUUGACAUCUCGCGCAUCCCCGCCGAGUUCCAUCCAGGGAGCGAGUCUUGGAGAGAUCUGCCACGAG